AUGGGGAGACUCCUCACGUUUCUGCAGAAACUGGCCUUCCUGGGUCAGGACCACGGGUACAAGGCGCUGGAGAGGGACGAAGUAGAGACCUUGAUUGAUAACCAGUGUGAGCUAAAGGCCAUCGAAAGAGAAAAAACUGUCACAGCCCUGCCGCCCAGGGAAGCAUGUAAAUGCAGCAAAGAGGAUUUGGCCAGAGCCUUCCAUGUGGACCUUGACAGUGGCCUGUCAGAGAUGGCAGUGGCCCAGCGCAGGCUGGUCCAUGGCUGGAAUGAGUUUGUCACUGAUAACGCUGAGCCCAUGUGGAAGAAGUACCUGGAUCAGUUCAAGAACCCCCUGAUCCUGCUGCUGCUGGGCUCAGCCGUGGUGAGUGUCCUCACCAAGGAGUAUGAGGACGCCAUCAGCAUCGCCCUGGCUGUGCUCAUCGUGGUGACUGUUGGCUUCAUCCAGGAAUACAGGUCGGAGAAAUCUCUGGAAGAGCUGACCAAGCUGGUGCCUCCAGAGUGCAACUGCCUGAGGAACGGCAAGCUCCAGCAUAUGCUCGCACGAGACCUGGUUCCAGGAGACAUCGUCUCCCUGUCCAUCGGAGACCGGAUCCCUGCUGACAUCCGACUCACUGAGGUCACAGACCUCCUGGUGGAUGAAUCCAGUUUCACAGGAGAAGUGGAGCCAUGCAGCAAAACAGACAGCCCGUUGGUGGGCGGCGGGGAUCUCAGCACCCUGAGCAACGUGGUCUUCAUGGGAACCCUGGUGCAGUGUGGGAAGGGGCAGGGAGUGGUGAUCGGAACCGGGGAACAGUCUCAGUUCGGAGAAGUGUUCAAGAUGAUGCAGGCAGAAGAGACGCCUAAAACUCCACUGCAGAAGAGCAUGGACAGGCUGGGCAAGCAGCUGACCAUCUUUUCCUUUGGCAUCAUUGGUCUCCUGAUGCUGGUUGGUUGGAUGCAAGGCAAGCCCCUUCUCAGCAUGUUCACUAUCGGGGUCAGCCUGGCUGUGGCAGCCAUCCCAGAGGGCCUGCCCAUCGUAGUCAUGGUGACACUGGUCCUGGGGGUGCUGCGGAUGGCUAAGAAGCGGGUCAUUGUGAAGAAGCUGCCCAUCGUGGAGACUCUUGGCUGCUGUAAUGUCAUCUGCUCUGACAAGACAGGCACACUGACAGCCAACGAAAUGACAGCAACCCAGCUCGUCACAUCCGAUGGGUUCCAUGCUGAGGUCAGUGGAGUUGGGUACAGCGGCGAAGGGACUGUGUACCUCCUCCCAUCCAAGGAAGUAAUCAAGGGAUUCAGCAAUGUUUCGGUGGGGAAGCUGGUGGAGGCAGGCUGCGUCGCCAACAACGCUGUCAUCAGGAAGAACACUGUAAUGGGACAGCCCACAGAAGGGGCCUUGAUGGUGCUGGCCAUGAAGAUGAACUUAGGUGGUGUCAAAGAUUCCUACACACGGAGAAAAGAGAUUCCCUUCAGCUCAGAGCAGAAGUGGAUGGCAGUGAAGUGCAGCCCGAAGAACGAGGAUCAGGAAGACGUUUACUUCAUGAAGGGGGCCUUUGAGGAAGUGAUCCAUCACUGUAGCAUGUACAACAAUGGGGGCAUCCCCCUGCCUCUGACGCCCCAACAGAAGUCCUACUGGCUACAGGAAGAGAAGAAGAUGGGAUCGCUGGGCCUGCGGGUGCUGGCCCUGGCGUCUGGGCCCGAGCUGGGGAGACUGACAUUCCUGGGUCUAGUGGGUAUCAUCGACCCCCCAAGGGCUGGUGUCAAGGAAGCAGUCCGGGUCCUCUCCGAGUCUGGUGUGUCAGUGAAGAUGGUGACAGGAGAUGCCCUGGAGACAGCCGUGGCCAUAGGAAGAACCAUCGGCCUGUGCCACGAGAAGCUGAAAGCCAUGUCUGGGGAGGAGGUGGAAGGCAUGGAGCAGGACGCACUGGCUGCCCGAGUGAGGCAGGUGUCUAUAUUCUUCAGGACCAGCCCGAAGCAUAAGGUUAAAAUCAUAAAGGCAUUGCAGGAGUCAGGGGCGAUUGUAGCCAUGACGGGGGACGGUGUGAAUGAUUCAGUCGCCCUGAAGUCUGCGGACAUCGGGAUCGCCAUGGGCCAGACAGGGACGGACGUCAGCAAAGAGGCCGCCAACAUGAUUCUGGUCGACGAUGACUUCUCAACCAUUAUGAGCGCGGUGGAGGAAGGCAAAGGCAUCUUUUACAACAUCAAGAACUUCGUCCGCUUCCAGCUGAGCACGAGUAUUGCAGCCCUGAGCCUCAUUACCCUGUCCACCGUGUGCAACCUGCCCAGCCCCCUCAAUGCCAUGCAGAUCCUGUGGGUGAACAUCAUCAUGGAUGGGCCGCCAGCGCAGAGCCUGGGGGUGGAGCCUGUAGACAGAGAUGCCCUGCGGAGGCCUCCACGGAGCAUCAGGGACACGAUCCUGAAUAGAGCCCUGAUCCUGAAGGUCCUCAUGUCAGCUGCUGUCAUCAUAGCAGGGACCCUCUUUAUCUUCUGGAGAGAGAUCCCAGAGAAUGGGACCAGCACUCCACGCACCACCACCAUGGCCUUCACCUGCUUCGUGUUUUUCGACCUCUUCAAUGCCCUAAGCUGUCGCUCACAGACCAAGCUGAUAUUUGAGAUUGGCUUCUUCCGGAACCGCAUGUUCCUGUACUCGGUCCUUGGGUCCCUUCUUGGGCAGCUGGCUGUGAUCUAUGCCCCGCCCCUGCAGCGGAUCUUCCAGACAGAAAACCUGAGAGCCCUCGACCUGCUGCUGUUAGCUGGCCUGGCCUCGUCUGUCUUCUUUCUGUCGGAGCUGUUCAAGCUGUGUGAGAAGUCCUGCUCUGGAGACAGGACCCCCCCGGACGGUCCCAGGGGCCGUGUAAAGGAACCACCAUUACUGCCCUCAGUGACCACACAGCAUCAGGACCCUGGCUCCACCCAUCCUGACCCUGCUGGGAUGCACAGCGGCUGCCAGAGCGAGCUGGACCUGCACCGUAGCAUUGCUCACCGGCAACACCUGCUCUCGGGUCCUCCACACCUCCCUCUCAGGAGCGGGAGCCCGAGCUUGCGUCUCAAGAAGCUGGACACGAGACACUCAUAG